AUGGCUCUCUCCGCAGCGCAGAACCAAGUGGACCUAGCCAUGAGCCACGAGCCCAAGGUUGCGACGCCCAUAUUCGAGGCCAACGAGAAAGAGGCCUUGGGUCGCCACAGCGUCAGCGACAACAGUCUUGCUCAUGCUCAUGGUACCGUUGAGUUCGAGGCUGAUCUGGAGGGCGAGGAGCCUACAGAGGAAGAGCUUGCUACUCUACCUCGUAUUUCCGGCAAGAUUCCGUGGAUCGCCUACACCGUCGCAUUUGUUGAGCUUUGCGAGCGUUUCGGCUACUAUGGCUGCUCAGUCGUCUACACCAACUACAUCCAGCAUCCGCUGCCCGAAGGCCACCCGACCGGUAAGGAUCCCUCAUCAGAGGGACAGCCUGGUGCACUUGGCAUGGGACAGAGAGCGUCAACGGGUAUCGUUCUCUUCAACCAGUUCUGGUCUUACAUGACUCCCAUCAUUGGAGCAAUCAUCGCAGAUGAAUACCUGGGGCGCUUCAACACGAUCUUUAUUGCCAUCGCCUUCUCCAUUGUCGGACACAUCCUGUUGAUCAUCUCUGCCCUGCCCACUGUGCUCGCCAGCGGUAAUGCCAUUGCACCAUUCAUACUGGGUGUCAUCAUCCUUGGCUUCGGUACAGGAGCGUUCAAGGCCAACAUCUCUCCGCUCAUUGCCGAGCAGUACCGACAAACUAAACCGCGUGUCAUCAUGGACCCAAAGACGGGUGGGCGCGCCAUCUCGGAUCCUAACAUCACCCUGUCCCGCAUCUUUUUGUACUUCUACAUGUUCAUCAACAUUGGCUCCCUCACUGGCCAGAUCUCCAUGGUCUACGUGGAGAAGUACAUCGGUUUCUGGGCUUCCUACUUGUUGCCAACCAUCAUGUUUUGUCUCUGCCCAUUGGUCCUGUUCUUUUGCCGCAACAUGUACAUCAAGAGCCCACCCACUGGAUCGAUCGUUAUCCGUGCCUGGAAGCUUUUUACUUUGGCGCAGAAGGGCAAAUGGUCCAUCAACCCUGUUACCACUCGUAAGAACUUGAAGUCUGAGAACUUCUGGGAAGACGUCAAGCCCAGUAGGCUCGGUGACCGCAAGCCAGCAUGGAUGCAGUUUGACGAUGCUUGGGUCGACCAAGUUGCUCGUGGUCUGCGUGCCUGCUCGUGCUUUACCUGGACCCCGCUCUACUGGGUCGCCUACAACCAAAUGAACAACAACCUCGUCUCCCAAGCCGCCACCAUGACCCUCAACGGCGUCCCCAACGACGUAAUCACCAACCUCAACCCCAUCUCCCUCGUCAUCUUCAUCCCCCUCGUCGACAACUUCCUCUACCCAUUCCUCCGCAAAAAGGGCAUCAAAUUCACCCCCAUCAAGCGCAUGGCCCUAGGCUUCAUGCUCGCCUCCCUUGCCAUGGUCUCCGCCACCGUCAUCCAGUACUAUAUCUACAACUCCACCACGUGCGGCAAGUUCCUCAACGGCUGCGAAGACGCAGACGGCAAUAAGAUCCGCUCCCCGCUCAACGUCUGGAUCCAAUCCGUGCCCUACAUCUUCAUUGGCUUCUCUGAGAUUUUUACCAGCAUCACCGGGCUGGAGUACGCUUUUACGAAGGCGCCGAAGAAUAUGCGGUCGGUGGUGACGUCGUACUGGCACUUCAUGUCUGCGUUUUCGAACGCGCUGGGGCAGGCGCUUGUGGCGCUAUCAGAGGACCCGCUGCUGGUGUGGAAUUAUAUGACUGCGGCGUUGUUGGCUCUUGUAGGGGGUGUGUUGUUCUGGCUGCACCAGCGGCCGACGGACAAGCUUGAGGAUGCGUUGAAUAUGCUGCCUGAUUCGAACUAUGUGGGGAGGGAUAGGAGGCAUAGUCAUGAGGAGGUGGAGAGGGGGGAACAUGCGCCUGCGGUUAUUGCUGAUAAGGACUAA